AUAGUUACAUGAAACAUGGACGGGGAGCAGCGGAGUCCAAAAGUCAUCAAGCCCAAACGCCCAUUUCCUCUGAGAAACAGGAAGUGGUGUUGUUGCUACAGCGACGCAUUGAUUUUCUCCUCCUUCACAACAACAAAAAAGGAGACGAAUUUGUUUGAACCGUUUAUAAAAAAGCUUCAGACCCGAAAUAAAGUUCACAAGUUACGCCACUGCCGCGCGAUGCUGUCGGACGCAGAUUACUCCGGGAAUGCCUCUGGGACUCGGAGAGCCAAGAAGAGGAGCUCCGAGGAGUCUCCGGGGGAGAGCCAGACCCCACGCAUCUCCGGGAGGCAGACCAACGCCCGGGUGAAGCGCACCAACAACCCGCCACCUGGACAGAGUAAAAGAAAAGCCACGGACACCGAGGAAGAAGAUGACCAGUCUGAGAAGAAGUACAGGAAGUGUGAGAAGGCCGGCUGCUCGGCCACGUACCCCGUUUGUUUCGCCAGUGCAUCGGAAAGGUGUGCAAAGAAUGGCUACACGUCUCGCUGGUAUCACCUGUCGUGUGGAGAACAUUUCUGCAACGAGUGUUUCGAUCAUUACUACAGAAGUCACAAAGACGGCUAUGAGACGUUCGCUUCGUGGAAGAGAGUGUGGACCAGUAACGGGAAAAGUGAGCCCAGCCUGAAGGCCUUCAUGGCAGACCAGCUGCUGCCCUACUGGGUUCAGUGCUCCAGACCGGACUGCAGGAAGUGGCGUCAGCUGACCAAAGAGAUCCAGCUCACCACGGCUCUGGCAGCAACGUACCGCUGUGGCAUGAAGUUGAGCAACAUCAAAAUGGAAGGGCCCGACCAGUGCUCCCAACCAGAAGACCUGAGAGUGGCCGAGGUGACGGACAGCUGGUGGCACUCCAUGCUGAUUUUACCGCCGCUGCUGAAGGAGAGUCCGGCCGGCCCGUUCCUCGCUGCCUACUACCCCGACUGUGUGGGGAUGAGCCCUUCGGGGUCCCUCAGCACUGCUUCUGUGACCGAGCUGAGGGCCGAUCACUGCAGAGCCGUCCAGUCUCAGAGUAAGUCUGUGAGCGCAGGAGACCAGACACGCUGUGUUGGACCUGGUCCAGGGAUGUCUGGUCGUAACCGGUACCGUUACCUUUCAGUUCCAGGCCUGUGUCCGUACUUCCAGCCCUUCUACCAGCCCAAUGAAUGCGGAAAAGCACUGUGUGUCCGGCCGGAUAUGAUGGAACUGGAUGAGCUUUACGAGUUUCCAGAGUUUUCCAGAGAUCCCACCAUGUACCUGGCUCUACGGAACCUCAUCCUGGCCUCCUGGCAUAAGAACUGCACGGAGGUUCUGACAGCAGAGAAAUGUGCCGAGCACAUCAUCGUGCGUGGCCUGGUGCGUGUGCGCUGCGUGCAGGAGUUGGACCGGGUUCUGCACUUCAUGACCCGGAAGGGUCUGAUCAACACCGGGGUUCUGGCCGUGAAACGUCCGCUGCUGCCUGAAAGCUUCUGCUCAAAGAACGUGAUCGUCAUCGGCGCCGGCGCCGCCGGACUGGCUGCUGCGCGACAGCUGCAGAACUUUGGCACUCAGGUUCUGGUCUUAGAGGCCCGGGAGAGGAUCGGCGGCCGGGUUUGGGACGAUGUUUCUCUGGGCGUGACCGUGGGUCGUGGUGCUCAGAUCGUUAACGGCUGUGUGAACAACCCCAUCGCCCUGAUGUGUGAACAGAUGGGGAUCCGGAUGCACAAGCUGGGCGAACGCUGCGACCUGUUCCAGGAGGACGGGAAGGUCACCGACCCCGCCAUCGACAAGCGCAUGGACUUCCACUUCAACGCCAUCCUGGACGUGGUGUCGGACUGGAGGAAGGACAAGUCGCAGGGCCAGGACUCGCCUCUAGGGGAAAAGGUCCGGGAAAUAAAGAAGAACUUCCUGCAGGAAUCUGGGAUCCAGUUCAGUGAGCUGGAGGAAAAAGUUCUUCAGUUUCAUCUCAGUAACCUGGAGUUUGCCUGCGGGAGCUCGUUGGACCAGGUUUCGGCCCGAUCCUGGGACCACAACGAGUUCUUUGCCCAGUUCUCAGGAGAUCACACCCUCCUCACCGAGGGCUACUCGCCUCUCCUCCGCAGGCUGGCCGAGGGCCUCGACAUCCGCACCAACUGCCCGGUCCAGGCCGUCGACUACUCGGGUGACCUUGUUAAAGUGAGCUCCUCCGGCGGGUCCCAGUGGUCGGCUCACAGGGUCCUCGUCAGCGUCCCGCUGACGCUGCUGCAGAAGAACGUCCUCCGCUUCACGCCGCCGCUCCCUGAGAGGAAGCUGAAGGCGAUCCACAGCCUGGGAGCGGGAAUCAUAGAAAAGGUCGCUCUUCAGUUCCCGUACCGAUUCUGGGACACGAAGGUCCAAAGUGCAGAUUACUUUGGUCACAUCCCUCCCGCUCCGGAGAAGAGAGGCAUGUUCAGCAUUUUCUACGACCUCGACCCUCAGGGAAAACGGGCGGUUCUGAUGUCCAUCGUCUCCGGUGAGGCUGUUCCUGCUGUCCGAGACCUGGAGGACAAACAGGUGGUGGACGAGUGCAUGAAGGUCCUGCGGGAACUUUUCACAGAGCAGGAGGUCCCCGAGCCCUCCAGUUACUUUGUCACUCACUGGAACAAAGACCCGUGGUCCCAGAUGUCCUACAGCUUUGUGAAGACGGGCGGGAGCGGGGAGGCCUACGACGUCCUGGCUGAAGACGUGCAGGGAAAAGUCUUCUUCGCUGGAGAGGCCACAAACCGACACUUCCCCCAGACGGUGACCGGAGCCUACCUCAGCGGCGUCCGCGAGGCCAGUAAGAUGGUUUCUCUGUAGGUUCCUCGCCUCCGAGCCCCAAACAGCACCAGCAUCACCCGACCCACACACUGCUGAUGGACCCAGCAGGUUCUCCAGAACUCGCUUCCACGUGUUCAACACAAACCUCUCAAGUGCUUUUUAUUUCUAUCGGAAUCCCUCAAACUCAUGUCUGCCGCUCCGAGUGGAUUCAGGCUGGAAAACCGGGAAGUUUGAGCUCCCAGGCUUCGGAUCACCAUAAAGGGUCAGAGGUCAUGCUGCCGUAGAGCAGAGAGGAUAAUCCGGCAGAGCUGUGGGACCGUGAGGAUUAGAGCUGUAACUUGUGCUUUCUGUAAGACGACUGAAGACGACGGAGCACUUCUGAUUUGAAUGGCGUGUUUUACUAACGACGGAAACGUGAGACCCUCAGGGAUGACAUCAGGAACGUUCUCCCGCUCUCGGAACAAUAAAGUUCCUAAAGUUUGAAGCUGAAGACGAACCGAACGUUUUCACGUCUCUGAUUAAUGUUGGCUAACCGGGAUGUGUGUGUGUGUGUGUGUGUGUAUUUAUAUUGUGUGUGUUUAAUAAACUCAGCUGCACAUGUA